GUCGGGCUUGGUGGCUGCUUCCGGUGGGACAGCGGUGCAGGGCGAGUCGGUCUCAGCUCCUCGUCAUGUCCUACGGUCCCUUAGACAUGUACCGGAACCCGGGGCCCUCGGGGCCCCCGCCUCGGGACUUCAGCAGCAUCAUCCAGACGUGCAGCGGCAAUAUUCAGCGGAUCAGCCAAGCCACUGUUCAGCUAAAGAAUUUGAUGAGCCAACUAGAAACUAAGCAGGACUCCGCCAAGCUACAGGAAAAUCUGCAGCAGUUGCAACACUCGACAAAUCAGCUUGCCAAGGAAACAAAUGAAUUACUGAAGGAACUAGGGUCCUUGCCCCUCCCCUUAUCGACCUCAGAACAGCGCCAGCAGAGACUUCAGAAGGAACGCCUCAUGAAUGACUUCUCUGCAGCCUUGAACAAUUUCCAGGCUGUGCAGAGAAAGGUGUCUGAAAAGGAAAAGGAGAGUAUUGCCAGAGCAAGAGCUGGAUCUCGACUUUCGGCGGAAGAGAGGCAAAGAGAGGAGCAGCUCGUCUCAUUUGACAGCCAUGAGGAGUGGAACCAGAUGCAGAGCCAGGAGGAUGAGGUGGCCAUCACCGAGCAGGAUCUGGAACUGAUUAAGGAGAGGGAAACGGCGAUUCGGCAGCUGGAGGCUGACAUUUUGGAUGUCAAUCAGAUAUUUAAAGAUUUGGCUAUGAUGAUCCAUGACCAGGGUGAUCUGAUUGAUAGCAUAGAAGCCAAUGUGGAAAGCUCAGAGGUGCAUGUGGAAAGAGCCACUGAUCAGUUACAGCGAGCUGCUUACUAUCAGAGAAAAUCUCGCAAGAAGAUCUGUAUCCUGGUGCUUGUCCUGACAGUGAUUGCUGCUAUCUUCGGACUUAUUAUGUGGUUAGUUUAUGGAAAGUGAUUGCCUCAGAGCUUUCUCCCACGGAACUGUUUUCAAGGGCAAAUACUUGCUGGAGUCUGCCAGAACAAACUGAUCACAGAAGAGAACAUACAUCAGAACGUCCUGGAAUAACUUAGUUAGAAACUAACUACUAACCAGUCCUUGGAAUCAGUGACCUAUGGAGACAGUAUUUAUCAAUUUAUGUAUACAUUUUAUUGAUUUCUCAAAUUAGGAAUUAAUUUAUGUAGAUUUUGCUUUCUCUUCUAUUCUGAUUUACCCUUCAUCCCACGUAUUUACUGAAAAUUCCAUUCUAGAUAUUCUUGUUUUAACAGGGACACUACAGACUUGUAAAUUUCUUUUUAUGUGUAUACAAGAUUUACCUUUUUACUAGCAACUGACACAGAAUUACUUUUUAGCACCCAGCAUAUUGGAGUCUGUCAGAAACUGUAUAAUAAGCUGGCAAUUUUUAUUAUUUAACAUUUUAAUUUGAAUUUGUAAGAAGCCUAUUCUCUGUCUGCUUUGAAAGAUUUUGGCAAUGUAUUUAACUAGAAGGUAAGAACUGCACAUGUGAUCCAGAUUAAAUGAGAAGUAUCGAUUUGAGCUGGCCAGUUGUGGGUUUAACGUUUACUUUAUUAUCUGCUAAUGUCAUCCACAGUAGUUCAUCCAUAUACACACUAAACCAUCAUGUUCACUUUUUGAAGAGAUUAAUUUAAUUGACAUUACUAUACUCCAAGGAGUUCCUUUCCCACCUGCUUAUAUAGAAAGGGAUAAUUAGACAAAGCAUGCUUUUGGAAAGCAAAUAGGAAUUGUUUGGAAUGAUUUGAUCAUUUUGUUGGUGUUCAGUUGUGGUUCUGCAUUCCUGGUGAAUGAUGAUGUUACUGUCAAAACACUGUCCUCCCUUAUAAGGGUCACUGGGCAUUUGAUGGCAGGAAGAUUCGAAAGGCUAGACUGAAGUUGGUUUAAAAUUUAGUCCUGUGAACCUGGCGAUAAAGCAAAGAAAAGGUUCAUUUUUGUAAAUAAUACUGGUUUGGAAUAGUGAUAUUAGACUUAUCUUAAUUUAUGAACAAGAAAUUAAUCUAUGCAUAGUUUUAGACAAAAAAUGUUUCAAUAAAAGAUUGUUGUCUUGUAAUAUAAAUAUUGUUCACUUCCCUUUUUAACAGGUUUAGAACAGUUAAAGGGAAUGUAAUUUCUUUAGGCUCUCACAUAAUUUAUGUGAAUUGGACCAACAAUUUCAGUUCAUCUUUUAGUGAAUUAGAGGAUUUGACCAUGCUGGAUAUAUUUAUAUUAAUUUCUUCCAAUCCCUUUAAUGUUACUUAAUCUUCAUUUACCAAGCUAAUGUAAAUGGUAGGGAAACAAGAGCCCAAAUGCAUUCUUGCACCAUUCUACCCACUUAAUACAAAUAAACAUUUAAAAAAC